CUCACUAAAAGCUAGCUAAAAAGCGCCACUUGUUUAUAGUCCACAGUCAACAGAGCGGCACACAGCCCCUCCUCACCACUGUGAGUCAGGGGGAAGUUUGUGACGCAGGCGUCAGGGAAUUCAGACCUGAGCAGGAAACUCGCUCGCGGCACCGCACACAACUAAGCAUCCAUCAAACCCAAACCAAGAGCUGAGCUCGAGCGCAAACAACUAUCCGCCGCUUGAGCUGCAGAGAUGCAAGAGGGCAAAUUCCUCCGGCGGAGAACUGCUAAAGAGAACCACAAUCAAGCGGAGUGAAGAACAGACGCCGUGGGAAACGCGGGAAAAUUGGUGUGGAAGUGAAAUGGCUGACCUUCUGAGAGGACUCGUAUUUUGUCUAAUGGUGGCCCAGACCAGUCAGCUCAAUGGAAACGGAAAGAUAACUGCGCCACCAAAGAGUUUUUACGGCUUCCCAAGACGGUCUAAUUACACAAACCAGCUGCUUGACCUUUUCCACUACACCACCGAUCCUCCCCUGGAUGUGGACCCCGAGGGGCCAGUGACGGCAUACACCACAGGGGCCCUCAGCACUUGGAUCAUACCUUUAUCGUACAUCAUAAUCAUCCUGGUGGGUGUCCCCUCCAACACCUACAUCCUGGCCUUCCUCAGACUCCGGCUCAGAACAAAGACUCUAUCCACGGUGGUCCUGUACCUGAACCUGGCCCUGUCGGACCUGCUGCUCGUUCUCUCGCUCGCCCUGCGCGUCCACUACCACCUCAACGCAAACAACUGGAUCUUCGGGGAAAUCUCCUGCCGGCUUGUCACGGCUUUAUUUCACGGGAAUGUUUACUGCUCGGCUCAGACCAUAGCGUGCAUCAGCCUGAGGCGCUACCUGGCUGUGGUCAAGCCGUUUCUGUACAGACGGAUGGCUAAGACGAGCCUGAGCCUGUGGAUGUGCCUGGUUGUGUGGUUCCUGUAUGGAGCUGCCGUCGUGCCCGAGCUCCUGGUCAGGCAGAGCUACCACAUCCCAGAGCUGGGGAUUACUACGUGCCAUGACGUACUGCCGCUAGGAGAGCCCUCACAUUCGCCGCUGGUGCCGUACCGACUGAUGCUCGUUUUUCUGGGCUUCUUGCUUCCCUUCGUGGUUUGCGUUUACACCCACAUCGCCGUGGUUUCCCACUUAAGAAAAAGCUGCAGCGACUGGAGACCCUUCAUCAGAGUGAGCACCCUGGUUUUCGUCGUCUUCGUGGUGUGCUUUUUCCCCAGUGGCAUCCUGCACAGCGCCCACUACAUCAGCCUGUUUUCCAGCGGGGACGACACGCUCUAUGGAUACUAUAGAUUAGCGAUCUGUCUCUGCUGUUUCCACAGUUGCCUGGAUCCCAUCCUGUGCAUGCUUCUUUCCAAGACGGCAGACUCAGAGCUACAAUUUGUCUCCCUUGAUUGGAUUCUACGCCGGCCAGCAGCUUUAACGUGACACUGGACAUUUUCUAAAUAAGGGGGAGAAAAACAGACUAUAUCCUGGACUGCUAUACAGAAGAGAGAUAAAGCAAGACAUCCGAGAGUUCAAAACCUGUAAAAAUAUUCCUUGAAAACUCAGUGAAGACAGAAUUUGCAACAUUUAAGGAGACAAAAGAGCUGAAAUAUUUAUUGAAUCAGAAUGUUCAUUGUAAUGUCAAUGUGUAGGGGGGAAAAAUAUUUGUAAGGCAAACAUAAUCUCAUGUCCAUGCACGACAUACCAAGUUAUAUUCAAUAAAUUAGAGUACUAUUAAGAAAAGUUCCUUUAUUUCAGUAACUCAAUUCACCAAGUGAAACACAUUUAAUGAUUUAAUUACACCGACUGAUGAAAACCUGGCUGUUUAUGUAGAUUACGUUUCUGCACAGCAUAAAUCUCAUCUUUAAGUAAAUAGAACACGUGAGCUGCUGAGUAUUGUAACUGGAAGAUGACUGAACCAAAUGCUGGUUAAAUUAAACCAGUAAUAAAUGUUUUGCAUGCUGCCACAGCAAAGCUCAACCUUUAGUCCAGGGUCCGAUUUCCCAUGCAGGACUAUUUUCUGCAUUUAUGUGAUUUGGACCUGGUUCCUACAGUGGAAAAGCAGGAGGGAGAAAAACUACCCCAGAAAAUGAUCCUGGGUUCUGAAAAGGUUCCUGCAGGUGAAACGCACCUUUUGGACCUGGAAUGGAAAUCGCAGAUGAAUCCGAACCGACAGUCACUGCAUGAUUUGUCACAGUUGCUUCUUUGUCUGAGCAAACAUACUUUCAUUACUUCCAGUUUAAUGUUUUGUAGAAAUGUGGUUUUCGCGUGUGGGAGAAUUAAAAGAAAUGUGGACAUACAAGACAGAAUAUAAACUAUUACAUUUAAGAAAGAGAAAACUGUUGGAAAACAACAAGACACCUGCUGAUUUAAAGCUUUAACAAACUAUUUUUCAUAUGCACUUCAAAGAACUAAAUGCAAGUUUGUAAAAAUCUCUAAAAUGCAGUAACUAAAAUGACAGUGGUGUUACCUGGC